UCUGACGCUGACACAGCUUAACAGUUGCAUAGAGAGAGAGAUAGGUUAGAUCUGAAUCUGAGAACAAAGCACUGGAAUGUUCCAACAAUGGAUCGCAGUUUAUCCUGGCCUCUUUUUGUUGUUUCUCACUUCGACUUUUCAGAUUAUUGGAUGCAAAAUCUGAUUUAUAUUAUCCAGUACUUUUCCUAUCCGAUCCUCGCUUUUGUUGGAGUCUCCGCUAACGUCAUGACAAUAUUCAUACUGCUUCGCAGGAACUGUGGUCUGUCUGGAUGUAUCACCCGUUACCUGCUAAUGAUGGCCGUUGCGGAUCUUACAGUCACUUUUCUUGAUCUGAUCUUGAGACAUAUACCAAUUACUUAUAGAAUUUAUUCCCUCACGUCUCUCCCUGUGUGUAAUAUCCACGCUGUCUUGCUUUAUGCAGCCACUGACUGUUCUGUCUGGUACACUGUCACUUUCACAUUUGAUCGGUUUGUUGCCAUUUGUUGCCAGAAUGUGAAGGGUAGAUACUGUAAUGAAAAAACGGCGACUCUGGUUCUCGGAACAGUGACUGUUGCCAGUUGUUUAAAGAAUGUAUUCUGGUAUUUCAUGUUUGAGAUUUGGUAUCGAGGGUCCAACUUCCCUUGGUUUUGUUUGGUUGCAUCAGAUGGAAUGUGGUCCCCAGUCUAUGGUGUGCUCGAGCUCAUCCAUAACAUUCUAAAUCCAUGUCUUCCAUUUCUCCUGAUAUUGCUGCUGAAUAUUUUGACGGUCAGACACAUUUCAGUGAGCAGCAGAGCCCGCAGUAGACUACGGCCUCACAGCAGUGCAGAUGUGCACAGAGACAAAGAGAUGGAGAGUCGAAGAAAGUCUAUGACCUUGCUGUUUCUUCUCUCAGGCAAUUUCAUCGUCUUAUGGUCAUUGUUGAUGAUUAAUUCUGUAUGCUGGAGGCUGGAUGCUAUAGGAAUUCCAUUUGUGCUUCUGCCCACUUCUCUGCAUGAAUUGGGCUUCGUGCUGCAGCUCCUCAGUUGCAGCACAAACACUGCAAUUUAUGCCGUGACUCAAACUAAAUUCAGACAGCACUUAAAGAACCUACUGGCAGAUCCAUUUAUGAGGUUUUACCUCCUCAUUAAAUACAUCCGUUGUACUCUCUUGUCAGGAUUAUCUUAUGUUUAAAUGUAUUGUUGAUGUGCUCGCAGGCUGUAGACACAUCCUGUUUCUCAGAAAACCAUACAGAGUAACUGUCUCAUUCAUUAAAAAGUUCAUUCAUUCCCAUUCAAAAUAAAAGUUCCUC